AUGUUGUCCUCUCCAAUUCUGUACUCUUUUUCACUCUUGCUUUCUUUUUCCCUCAUCUACCUCUUCGCCCCUCAAAUCCUUCCUCUCCAAAAUCCCCAAAGCCAUCUUUUUGACGAGCUUGAUGAUCUUACUCUCUUCAAGAAAGCCCUUAAGCCUUGUAAGACUAUCUCCCACUUAGCCACCAGCAAUCCCACUCCUAAAAUAGCCUUUCUUUUCCUUACAAACUCUGAUCUCUCUUUUGCUCCUCUAUGGGAACGUUUUCUCAAGGGCUACAACAAUCUUUACAACAUCUACGUACAUGCAGAUCCAUUUAGUGAAGUCUCAAACCCAGGUGGGAUUUUCAAGAAUCAGUUCAUUCCUGGCAAGAAAACCGAAAGGGGCUCUCCUUCUUUAAUCUCUGCAGAAAAAAGGCUUCUUGCUAGAGCCAUUCUUGAUGACCCCUUUAAUCUUUACUUUGCUCUUGUUUCUCAACACUGUGUACCUCUCUAUUCCUUUCAAUACAUGUACAAUACCGUCUUUGGCCACAACAUUUUGAAAGCUUUAACUACUCAAUCUCGUCAUCGGAGUUUCAUUGAAAUUCUCUCCAAAGAUCCAAACUUGCCUGAUAGAUACAAUGCUAGAGGUGAAAACGCUAUGCUGCCUGAAAUCCCAUUUGAGAAAUUCAGAGUUGGGUCUCAGUUUUUUGUGCUAGCAAAAAGGCAUGCUUUGCUUGUACUCAAGGAUAGAAAGAUAUGGAGGAAAUUUAAGCUUCCUUGCUUGAAUAUAGAGUCUUGCUACCCUGAAGAACACUACUUCCCUACACUUCUGUCGAUGAAGGAUCGAAGAGGAUGCAGUCAGUACACAUUAACAAAUGUUAAUUGGACUGACAGCUUUGAUGGCCACCCCCAUUUGUAUCAAGCAGAAGAGGUUUCUCCAAGUUUAAUCUAUACAUUGAGGCAGUCCAACUCAAGUUAUUCCUAUCUUUUUGCAAGGAAAUUUGCUCCCGAUUGCUUGCAUCCAUUGAUGGAAAUGGCAGAUGAUGUGAUCUUCAAGGAUUGA